CUUUAAAGUUGAGUUUCUCCUCCUGCUGGGAAUCUCGGCUGCCGUGUUUGUGUGUGGGGAAGGAGCCGAUUCUAUGCGGAGGCUAAGGGAAGGGGGUGGGGAUGAGCAGCAGUGCCAGUGAGUGCUAGUGAGUGAGUGUGAGUGCCAGUGAGUGAGUGCUACACAAGGGACUUAUGCUGCACCUCUCUGUGCGGACCCCCUUAGCCGCGACCCCGACCCCGGACACCAGCCCGCAAGAAUGACUUGUCCCCUGCUGCUGUGGCGGCAGUUUCUCUGUGCGGGCUGUGGGAGCAAGGUGUCCUGAGGGAGGCAGCGGUCCGGCUACUCGGCGCUCAGCACUGCAAAGGGAAAGUCGCUCCUCCUGUCCCAUGUUGGGGAGGCUGAACAACUCCGACACGUGGCCUGAGGUGGUUUAAGUAAUGAUCCUCCGCUUUUAUGCCAUGGUGAUCUCAUACUUUUGUGCCAUCUGCGCUGCCCCCUUCCAGAGCCAAAACACAGAUUUGGAUUAUGGCCCUAAUAACACAUCCGACGCCUCAGACCUACACAAAGUACCCUACAACUUCAGUCAUGUCUUGCAGCAUGGUUUCUUCCCAGAUUUGUCAUCCACCUAUUCCAACAUGGCUGGUAAGGACUGGAACCUCUACUCACCUAGAGUGACACUUUCAAGUGAGGAGCCAUCUGGACCUCCAAUUCUUUUCUUGUCAGAGGAGACAGUGGCACAUCCAGAAGCAGCCAACAAGACUUCUCGACUAAAAAGGGCCGCGGGAACUGACUCGGUCAGCUUUUCUCGCCGGGGAGAGCUCUCUGUGUGUGACAGUGUCAACGUCUGGGUUACCGAUAAGCGUACAGCUGUGGAUGACCGAGGUAAAACAGUGACUGUCAUGUCUGAGAUUCAGACUCUUACAGGACCACUGAAGCAAUACUUCUUUGAGACCAAGUGCAAUCCAUCAGGCAGCACCACUAAAGGAUGCCGAGGUGUGGACAAAAAGCACUGGAUAUCUGAGUGCAAAGCAAAACAAUCUUAUGUGAGGGCACUGACCAUAGAUGUCAACAAGCUUGUGGGUUGGCGUUGGAUCCGCAUUGACACAGCAUGUGUCUGUACCUUGUUGAGUCGGACAGGAAGGACGUAAAAGACAAGGGUUGCAAUAUAGAGGGAAAAGGGUGAUUCCUCUCGUUGCAUUACUGUGGUUAGGGAAUGAGGAGUGUUUAUCCUUCAUCUGUUUACAGCGUGGCACAAAGGCCUGCAAUACACAUUCCUGGAGUCUCAACACCAACGUCAAUGUUUUAUAGAAGAGGGUCCCAAGAUGCACACAACUGGAUAUAAAUGAGCACCCGAGAGGCCUUGUUCAGCAGUUCUGGAAGGAGAACCUUACUUUCCAUUAGCUCACUCAGUGCCUUUUCACGUUAGUGUUCCCACGGCUGAUACACGCAUCAUGGAAUAUUGUUGCAAGAAUGGCAGAAAACCGCCACUUUCACCCAUGCACUGUAUUUACUUUCUUGCCUUUUUGCAAAGAGCUGGAAAGAAUUUUAUUGUAUUGGGCAACAUUGAACGUGAGAGACUCAGCUGAGACUCGGCUAAGCUGGUACAUUUAAUGUGAAGAAGGUCCUUGGAGCAGCAACUGAUUCCCUCCCCCUUGGGGAUGGUGUCUCCCCAUUAGACAGCUUAUACUGUAAGCUAGUAUAAAGUGGUUAUUCUAUUUGUAAAUUUUAUAUAUAUACAUAUAUAUAUAUUGAGAAAUAUAACUUAUUUGCAACUAA